GUUUGUCGUGUUUCCAGUAGUCGAGAUCACGUUUCGCGUUAUUAACGACAUCCUCGCGUGGGUAGUUUUGUCCACCUUGACGUUAAAAGACCGACGGUUGUCGGCAACGAACGAUGUGUCCGUGCGAAAAACGAAAACGAUAACAUUUAGCCCUAAACGUUUCUUACCGAACUCCAGUGUACGGAUGCAGUGUUGAGGAUGCGCCAGUGUCUUCUAUAGGAGGUUGAGUGCUGUGCAGAGUGACGGACAUGCCUGAGUUCCGACGGCUGGCAUCAAGUGUGAAGAAAAAGAAGUCACUUUCGCCGACUCAGUUACUGAGUCAGUCGCACAGUUCCAUUUACUUGAUGCGAUAACGUUUUAGAUGCAUCUAAGCUCAGUACAAUUGGCGUGCGCGCUCCUGACGCUGGCGCUCGCCGCGGCGGGCGCGCCCCCCGCGGCGACGCCGCACCACGUCGCCCGCCGCUCCUUCUUCAACCUCCAGUGCAAGGGCGUCUAUGACGCCGCCAUCUUCGCUCGCCUUGACAGGAUCUGUGACGACUGCUAUAAUCUGUUUAGGGAGGCGCAGCUUUACACUUUAUGCAGGCAAGACUGUUUCACGACAGAGUACUUCAAGGGGUGCGUCGAGGUGUUACAAGAACAAGACCAGCUAGAGCUCUUCAAGACAUAUAUAAAACAGUUACACGGGGCGGAUCCAGGGAUUUAGGGCCAAAUGUUUCACCACGCCCUACUUCAAGGGCUGCAUGGAGUCUCUGUACCUCUACGACGAGGAGGAACAAAUAGAUCAAAUGGUGGACUUCGUCGGACGCUAACGCACUCAACGCCAUCUAGCGCGCGGAGCGGUCAACCAGCGCUCAACACACACGCUCCGUCGUCACUAUCGCCAUCUAGCGCGCGGAGCAGUCAAAUAGCGCUCACCACACGCUCCGCGGUCACCAUCGCAAUCCUUGACCGCACGGACGCUACCACCUUGCGUACACUGCGGUCAACGCAAACGCGGCGGUCACAGCGGUCGCCAGCGCAGAAGCAGAAAGUCACGUUCCUCCUGCUUUCUAUCCUCAACGUAUUCUAGUCUAUUAUGCGGCAUAAAUUUAUUUAUGUUUGCAACUAAUGUAAUGUUAUCAUAAUUCGUAUUUAAGGACAUUUAUUAUUAUGUAUUUUAUUAAACGAAAUGUAUAUUUUAUUAAGUGUUGUGUGUAAGCUUAGCCAAGAAGUAGUACAUAAAUCAGUCCACCUCCUAGGCACUGUCUGACAGCUUCUCGAAGAUGCUGGCCAUCUGACUCGAACGAAUUCGCGACGCAUUCCAAAACCAGUAUUUUU